UCUUGAUUAUGUUGGAGGAAUAACAUUAGAGAGAAAAAUGUGCGGUGGUGCCAUUAUCUCUGAUUUUAUAGAAAAAAGGCGAACUUGUAAGCUUAACAAUGAAUCUCUUUGGUCCCACAUCGACCCUUUCUCCGAUCUCCUCGGCCUCAAUUAUUCCUCUGUGAAAACUGAGAAGCCUAAGAAAAGAGACCGAUCUACGGCGGCGGAGGCGGUGGCGGUGGAGAAGACUCGAAAAGUUCGGAAGAAUUUAUACAGAGGAAUCCGGCAACGGCCGUGGGGAAAAUGGGCGGCGGAGAUUCGGGACCCACGAAAGGGAGUUCGAGUUUGGCUGGGCACUUUCAACACCGCCGAGGAAGCCGCCAGAGCCUACGAUGAAGCUGCCAAACGGAUCCGAGGAGUAAAGGCCAAGCUGAACUUUGCUCCGGCGCCGCCGUCGCCCACGGCUCAGCCUCAAACUCCGGUGAAAAAGCAGUGCGUCCUCCCCGAGUUGACUCCGGGUGGCUUCAACACAACCGAUUCGCCUCCGUGUACACGUGCGGAUAGUUCGUGUGACAGCGAGGAGCUGUACUACGGCGAGGAGUUGGCGAGUUUAAGAUCGUUCUUGGGGCUGGAUGGUGAGGAGCAACAACCGAGUCAACUCGGUGGAAAUGGGGAGUUUGAACGAGUUGAUUUGGAUCUUUGGAUGAUGGACGACAUGUCGUUGAAUGAGGAGAAAUUCAGUCAGCUGGUAUGAACGUAUGGUUAACUGUUUUGUUCGACAUGUCGUUUAUUGGUGUGUAAUAUUUUUAAAAUGUUUGAGAGCUUUGAAGUGUGUAGCCGUAGCCUUUGUAGAUAUUAUUAUGGAGAUUGAAUAAAUGCUUUGCGAUAUGAUGUGUUUUUGUGUAAUCCUUUUGGAACGACAUGUCGGUUCUUGUAUCAGAUCAAACUGAUCAUCUCUUUUGUUUUUAAUAUUCACCGCUUUGUAGUUUCAUUAUUA